CAUCUACCUAACAGGUCUUCUUUCGGGGCCUCGGUCUGUAGUAGCUCCCUGGCCUCCCGGGCGCUCUCUUUGGCUCAAGCGUUGUAGCUCGAGCCUUGCGAGCGAAACCUGAAAUCUUGAACACUGUACACUCCUUAUUCGACGCAGAAAGCCGCUGUGGGUAAACAUGCUCUCGCGAUUUCUGCUUGUCGGGGCCGUGCUGGCUGCAGAGGCCAGGGCUUCUCAAGUCAUGUCCAGCUCGCAGGCAGAGUUCACGUUUGUUUCGGAUGCUCUCGACUACGAUGACUCCGUGCAGCGCUGCAGGGACCUCGGCAUGGAGAUGGUAAGCAUCACGAGCGAGGAGCAGCAGGCACGUUUGGCCCAGUUCCUCUCCACGCAAUCCACAGCGGGUUCUCAGCACGGCUACAUCAGGGUUGGUCUUCACUCACCCGGUUCAUGCGACUGGCAGUGGACCGAUGGGAACGCGUUCCCAGAUCCUCCUAACAGAGGUCCCGAGUGGUUGUGGAUCAGCGCAGGUGAGCCGAAUGGAUGCAGUUCAAAUGAGAAGUGCGCCAUGACUCGGACCGACUGGAACGGCAAGUUGAACGAUUCGAAGUGCUGGUACCUCACCUACUUCGUGUGCGGCGCUGCCACUGCCGGAGGGGCGGGCGCAGGGGCGGGCGGGGCUGCUGCCGUCGGCGAUCCCCACCUGCAGAAUAUCCAUGGCGAGCGGUUCGACCUGAUGAAGGCGGGCGAGCACGUUCUGAUAAGCAUCCCUCGUGGAGCGGCUGCUGACAGCGCCCUGCUUCGCGUGCAGGCCGAUGCGCGCUGGUUGGGUGGACAAUGCGCGGACAUGUACUUCCAGCAGCUCAACGUUACCGGGUCGUGGGCAGAGGCCAAGCAAGCCGGAGGCUACCACUACAGCGUAUCGCAGCAUGACGCCAAGAGUCUGGAAUGGGUUGCCUUCGGCAAGGUCGAGCUGAAAGUCGUGCAUGGACGUGCGGACAGCGGCCUCCUGUACCUGAACUUGUACGUGAAGCACCUGGGGCGAGCGGGAUUCACAGUCGGAGGGUUACUGGGCGAAGACGAUCACGGAGACGUGAGCGCUGCGCCAGAUUCAUGCGCGCAGCGCCUGGCCCUCGUCGCGGGAACGCGCGGCGGCGGAGGCGCAGAGGUGGCUUCGGUCGCAGUAGCAAGCCUCGCCUGACCAUGACGGUGUUGAGGUCGCUACUUAUCUGGGCUCCCGCCUCUGCCGCGGACUCUUCGGGGUCCACGACAGGACAUUCCGCUCCUCUGCCCUCCUCCCCCUCGUUGUGGGGGUGCUUUCUGGUCCCUCGCGGCCAUCUCUCGGAUGCCUCU